UGAAAUUGCUUGUCGGCAGCAUUUCCCUCUGUGAAAACAACGGCCCCUUACUAGAGAAGAACAAGGAUAGAAAAGGGAAAUGGAUAUGACAGUUGAAAUUUGGAGAGAUGUCUUUCAGGAUAAAAUAGAAGAGUUAAUAUUGCCUCACAUUUGGAACUUAACGGUUGUUACCAGUCUCCAGAAACAGCCAGGGUGGCUGCAAUACACACAAUGCACGUUUGGCAGGUUUCGUUGCUCACUGUGUGCCCGUUGGUGGAACUCUGCUGAAAUACACAUAUUAUUCCUCAUGAACCUAGAUAGAACCAUGAGACGUGGUACUGUGAAUAUGCAGAUAUUCAGACAAGAAUGCAAGAAGUGUACCGUUGCUGUCAUGGAAAAACCAGAGAUUUCCCAGGAGAACAUAAGAAUUAUCAUUGGUAACCUGGUUAAGAGAAUCCAGAUCAAAUUCUAUUCACUUAACAGCAGGAAUGAAGAUGUAAAGCCAGUGGUGUAUAGUGAAAGAAGGGAAGGCCCUCAUAACAAGGAACACUGCGAGGCCUGCAAGCGGAAUGUCUGUUGGUGGCUGGUGUCAGAGAUGGAACCAGAAAGGUGGCAGGCACCUGCAAGAAGAAAGCCACAUGAGACAACAUUUAGGGGACAGACUGAUGAUUCUUGGCUGGUUUACUCAAACCCCAGACCAACACCUAAAGUAAACCAGCCCUCGGCAGAUAAUCAAGAAAACACAUUUGUUGGCCUUGUAGCUGUAGUAAUUUUUUGUUUAGUUUGGCUAUAUCUUUCCAAACAAUGAGAACUUUCCAAUAAUGCAUCUGUUAUCACCUGAAUUUUGCUGCAAAUUAUUUCUCAGCUAUCUGGGUUCAUUUGUCAGGCACCCUUCGGUGCAUAAAACUGCUGUCCUUAGACACUGGGUCAGUGCUCCUCUUGUGCCAUGCAUAAACACUAUGCUUGUGCUGCCAUAGAUACUUCUGCUGGUAUGUUUAUCAAAGCACCAAUGAAUAUAAUUUUUAUUGACCUUUAAUUUUACUCAUGCUUUAUCAACCAUAACUGAACAGAGUCCACAAUACACACUAUCAAUUUUGUUUCUAAUAUUGGUACAUUGUAAUUAUGAUAUCAAUUAGAAU